AUGACCUCUACCACUUCUUUGAUAACCGUAUUUGGUGCGACUGGCAACCAAGGUGGUCCUGUCGCUCGCUCAUUGCUGAAAAAUCCCGGUUUCAAGGUUCGGGCACUCACUCGAAACCCCAACUCUGAUGCCAGUCAGAAGCUUGCACUCCAGGGUGCCGAGAUUCAACAGGCAGAUGGCUUUGGUUUGAAAUCUAUGGUUUCUGUAUUUGCAGGCUCGUGGGGCGUUUUUGUCAAUAUCAACUCGGACGACAAGUCGAUCAAGGAAAGUUAUCUGACCGAGAUCGACUUGGGUAAGAUCAUUGUUGAUGCAGCAGCAGAGGCUGGAGUGCGUCAUUUCCUCUUCAGCACUGCACCAAACAGCUUUGAGCUCUCUGGCGGGAAGGCUAUUGAGAAGUCCGCCCAGUCUUUGUCGCCCCCAAAUGUGGGUGGCAAAGAAGACGUGCCAUUUAUGAGCGUAUCGGAUGACCUCGGGGACAUUCUGCACGGCAUGUUCCUUGAUCAUUGGCGAUGGAAUGGCGAGGUUGUUUCUGGCUGCAGCUACAUUUGCAGCUUUGACGAUCUUGUAUCACCUUUUGAAAAAGUAACUGGACGCAAGUCCCGCUUCAAGCCACUUGGAUCUUGGCAAGGAUUUGAUGCUCACGGAGUUCCCAGCCUGGAGGAAGCCAAGAAUCUGUUUGGAAUGACGCAGGAAAGUGGAGGACUGUACUUUGGACCUAAGCCCUCCGAGAAGCAGACUUCCUUGGAACUCAAGCAAAAGACCCGCCCUGAUACUAGGCCUGCCCAAGGAGGGACAGGAGUUGAUGACAGUCGAGUCUUGGUUCUUGAGGGUUGCGCCGCACAAGUAUCCAGUGAUACUAAGGUCUCCAAGAGAGUCGAGGCGGGAAUCGAAACAUUCAACGACUACCUUAACAAAGGAUACUGCAUAUAUGGUGUCAACACUGGUUUCGGAGGCAGCGCAGAUACCCGUACAUCGGAUGUUAUCCGACUACAGCAGUCGCUCCUCCAACUAACCCAGUCAGGAAUACUCACAGGAAGCGACUUUGUUCCGCGCAUGGGCGACUACAACAUUUCCUCACACGCUAUGCCAGUAACAUGGGUGAGAGCGACGAUGCUCGUGCGAUGCAACCAUCUGCUACGCGGUCACUCCGGCGUCCGGCUUGAGAUCAUCAAUACAGUGUUGAGAUUGCUUCGGGCACGGCUCACCCCGAUAAUCCCAUUGCGCGGGUCCAUUUCUGCAUCUGGGGACCUAAUGCCCCUCUCGUAUCUGGUUGGCAUCUUGGAAGGAAACCCCGAUAUCAAGGUUUACUGGGAUCGCCGGCCGGAGCCUGAGAUUGUGUCGGCAAACAAAGCACUGGAGAUUAUUGGGAUCCCGCCUUUCAUUUUGAGACCGAAAGAAGGUCUGAGUUUGAUCAAUGGCUCAGCUGCUUCUGCAGCUGUUGCAUCUUUGGCGGCACAUGAAGCCAGUCAGUUGGUAUUACUAGCGCAAGGUCUUACUGCGUUAACGUGUGAGGCUAUGAUGGGCAAUGCAGAGAAUUACCAUGAGUUCCCAGCCAAGAUUAGACCUCAUCCUGGUCAAAUUGAGGUCGCGGCCAAUAUCCGCAACGGAAUUAUCAACUCGAAGUUGAUUGAAACUUCCGGAACGAAAGAUCGCCUACGCCAGGGACUGAUCCAAGACCGAUAUGCCCUCCGUGGUGCGUCACAGUGGCUUGGACCUGUAGUCGAGGACCUAAGACUAGCCAUCCAGCAGCUUACCACUGAACUCAAUUCCACGCAGGAUAAUCCAGUCAUAGAUUCCGAUUCAGGAGAGGUAUAUUUCUGCUCCAACUUCCAAGCAGCAUCCGUCUCUAUGGCAAUGGAAAAGACGCGCGGAGGCCUCCAGAUGAUCGGCAAACUCCUAUUCAGCUACUCUUCCGAGCUCAUCAACCCGGACCUGAACAAAGGUCUCCCAGCAAAUCUCGCGGCAGAUGAUCCCAGUCUGUCAUUCACGAUGAAGGGUGUCGACAUCAACAUGGCGGCGUAUAUGUCUGAGCUUGGCUUCCUCGCCAACUCGGUGACAUCGCAUGUACAGUCAGCUGAGAUGAACAAUCAGCCUAUCAAUUCGCUUGCUCUGAUCUCAGCGCGCUAUACGCUGCAGGCGGUUGAGCUGGUCUCUAUGAUGAGUGCGGCUCUUUUGUAUGUGACAUGCCAGGCGGUGGAUCUGCGCAUUCUUCACGAAACUUUCCUGAAUGGCCUAAACAAUGUGCUUCAAUUGGCAUUUGAAUCCGUGCAUAUCCCAAUAGGGAAGAGCGCGGCGAUACGAUGUGAGCUCAUCCAGGCUCUUCGCGGCUCGUGGAGGCAAUCUGCACGCGAUGACCUCUCUGUCAGGAUCCAGGCUCUGUCCACGGCCAUGGUGCCGGUCCUGCUAGCAAACGCCAAAGAACUAAGCGCAGAGGAUCCUUUCGCGGCAAUUGAGUCCUUGCAGCAGGAGAUUUGCCAGAGGGCACGGUCAUCAUUUGUGGCACUGCGAGCGCAGUCAUUCUCCGGCGAGCUCAAUGCGAACUCAUCCCUAGGACCUGCUGCUAAAGCUCUCUACUCUUUUGUGCGAUGGGAUUUGGACGUCCCUUUUCACUGUGGCAUUGGAGAACAUCCAACUUGCGAUACCGAAGCCGCGGCGGAUGUUCCUCCGCGUCCGCGCAAAACAGUUGGGUCGUGGAUUUCGAUCAUAUAUGACGCUGUGCGGGAUGGGAGGAUUCGCCAGCCGUUGAGAGCUGAUUGGAGCCGUUGCAAUGGUUUUUAG